AUGGAGAACAGCAGAAGCAAGGAGUCAAACUUGACUAAGAAAUUGAAGCAAGAAGAGGAGCCAAGUACAUCGUUGGGAGCAACAUCAUCAUCGAAAGGAAGAAAACGAGAUUCCUCUUCCAUCAAGAAAGAGGAAGACAAGACACCAACACCUAAAAAGAAGAUCCCAAUUCCUCCCCUGCCCUCUGAACUACCUCCAGUCAACUUGCUCCACAGAGACACUCUUCGAGCUUGGUGCCAGAAGUUGAAACUCAGCAGCAAAGGGCCGAAAUUGGAGGCAUAUAAGCGAAUUUGCCAGAAAGCUUACCCAGAGCAACAUAAUAUUCCUUGCACCGCAAAGGAGGCCAGGAUUAAGAGUAUUCGCCAGAGAACACAAAACAUGGAUCAGGAGCAAAUAUUCCAGAAAAACUCACAGUUUGAUGGGACUUCUUCCAGCGAAAUUCCUAUUCCUGAAGAUCAGUUGGCUAUCAUCCAGAACCCCCCAGAUUUCUAUGAAGAAGUUAGUACCACUGUAGUAACUUCAUCUGCCCCAGAGUCAACAUUGGCUUCCUGGUCCAGGAUCGCAUCCAGUGCCAUCGGGCACAUAGAGGAGGUGGAGACAGAGGCACCUAAAGCAGCCUCUGGGGACAAGUGGUGUGUGGUCCAUGGACGAAGUCUGCCUGGAAAUACGGAUGGCUGGGUUCAGCUGCAGUUUCACGGUGGACAACCCUGGGUGCCUGAGAAGAAGAAAGGAAAAGUCAGUGCUCUAUUCCUGAUUCCGGCCCGCAUCUUCCCACCCCGACACAUGCAGGACAAUAUGCUGUGCCCCACAUGUGUUCACAAGAACAAGGUGUUAGCUAAGAGCCUCCAGUGA